GCGUUGUUUGUGUUCGGUUAAUAUAUCUAUUGCAUCUCAAAUGUUGUGCCCACUUCUGCUUCGGGAAUUUUCUAAACUUCCACUUGCCCUGAGUUUCUGUUUUCAAAAUCACGUGCGACGGACAGGAAGUUACGUCGCCCACUGAAACCGGUAGUAGGGACUGCUAUAAAACUGAUAAACUGAACUCAAGCCAACAACAGGAAUAUUAAAAGGGUUUCCCCAUUUUUUCAUCCCUUUUCACCAUAAAAGCGCUUAAUUUAGUCCUAUGAAGUUCAGGCGAAUUUGUAAUUUGCGAAAGACUUUUAUUUAAAGUUGUGAUGUGUUGUUAGUCAUAUAAAAACACUCACAGAACACAUUCAGUUACAUACAUAUCAUUAAAGAAGAUUUCUCGAGAACUGUCAUUAAAAAGAUGAAAGUCUCCAGAUCCCAUCCAAUAAUAGAUGUGAUGUCACGCUUGACCCGUGUUUCUGUCCAGUUGCUGUUAUUUGCUAUUGCCGUGCCUCAUGAGAGCUUCUAGAUGCUAUCAAAUAGAGCUUGGAAGUCAGUAUCCUGUUCUGAAUCCGGAGUCUAGGGAGUUAAUGGCAAUUUUUAAAUGUCCAAAGGUGACGCAAAAUGCUGAGGAGAGAAACAUCUCGAUCAUAUCAGGAGUUCAAUGGUGAUGACUGUUCUGGCCCGCAUGGGUCAUAUGGGAAUAAUGACGUUUCUGAAGUGGAGCAUGAUGAAGCAAGCUGUGAUCCUUUACCAGAUGAGGACAUUGUGGACAGCAACCUUAUGCCCAUAACCUUCAACAAAGCCUGUCUGAAGAAUGUUUUCACAGUCAUCCUUGUGCUCAUUUACCUGCUGCUUAGUUCAGUUGCUGCCUUCUUAGCUUAUCAAACUAUUUCAGACUUUAUGGAGAAGCUCAACCAUCCAGUAAUGUCCGUUUCAUACAAAGAGGUUGAAGAGUUUACACCACCAGGAAUUGUGUUGUAUCCUGGGAAUGCUCAGUUAUUGAGUUGCAUGCAUCAUUAUCAUGACAACAUUCCACCUCCUGUAUCAUCGGGCAGCCGGGCGGAAGGAGACUGUAUAAUAGAAGAGAUCAUUUACUAUGGACCAUAUUCAAACAAGACACAAAAGCGAGCAAUGGUGGUCAGAGGUCCGACUGAUGUGAGGAACCGAGAACUAAUAUUCCUUCAGUUUAGUCGUAAUGAAACGGAAGAAGAUUUCAGUGCAAUCAGUUACAUGUUUUUUGCCGAAUUUAGUGACCUGCUUGAAAGCACAGAUAAGGCUGCAUUUAUGAUGGAUUGUGAAAGAAACUAUUCAAUGUGGACCUUCUCUGGAGGCUUUCGGACAUGGGUCAAAAUGUCUUUGGUCAAAACCCCAGGCAGAGGAAGUGAAUCAGUGGAAUUUAGGCAAGAGUCCAGUGUAGUGAAAUACAUAGACAAGAGGCCACCACAGGAGCAAGCCAAUGAACUUUUCUUUGCUGUGUUCCAAUGGCGAGAUCCAUUCAUACAGCAAGUCAAAGAUAUAGUCACAGCAAACCCAUGGAACACCAUAGCCAUUUUGUGUGGCGUCUUUAUGGCUCUAUUCAAAGCAGCAGACUUUGCCAAACUUAGCAUUAAGUGGAUGAUCAAAAUUCGUAAAAGACAUUUAAGGGCAAAAUUGAGAGAGAUGGACCAAAUCAGCUAAAUUCAUACUGAAAUUCGUUAUUCUUAUAAAACAGCACUACACGGAACACUAGAAGUUAAGAUUUUGAUUACAACUAUCUAUUGCAUUUUGAAAAACAAUAUUUUAUUGUGUGUUAACUUUUAACUGGACAAUAGAUUUUACCCUGAAAUCGUAAAAGUAGCUGGAUGUUAAGGCACAUGUCUUUCAGGGCAAAGUUUAUGUGCUUUGGGACACUGAAAUAUUAACUAAAGUGGUUGAUUAGCAACUAAUCUCUGUGAGAUUCAGCUUUGUGUAAAUGAUGACUAAGAAGUGUGGAUCAACUAAUGAUGUGAUCUUAAGUGAGGCAAUUGUAAUUAAGGUUAGGCCGCCUGAUUAUUUUGCGUAAAACACUUCAAAAGGAACAAAAAAUUAUCUAGUUUGUCACAGUCUGACUACUCUAUUGCAAAGCAUACAAUGAUGUAGCAUUUUUUUAGAGCCAGAAGUGAUCUCUUCUUGCUGCUGUUUAGACUGUUGCAGUCAAUGUGUUUUAAUAAUACGAGACAUGUUGUAACAACUCAUACAAAUUUUAUGAAAGGAUUUCAUAGAUUUUUAACAUAAUAUUAAUGGUAUUAAUUAUAAGUGUCUACUCUUAAUAUAUAAGGCUAAUUUCUUGACAUAUGUGUCCUUAUAAUAUUCAGACAUUGUAUAUUAGUUUUUAUGUUAUUUAGAAUUGCUUUUGCAUUUUUAAGAUCCCAGAUUCUAAAAAUGUAUUUUAUUGAUGUUGUCUCAAGAACAAAAGUAUGUUAUUUUGUUAUUUUCUGUGUGUUUUGGCAUAAGUGGGAGAAUACAUCACCAAACAAGUACAAGUAUUGGCCGUUGUGCAAACAAAGAUUUUAACCCAGUUACUUGAAUGACCUUGUGCUAGCGCAUUAAAAAGUUGUAUAAGUUUUUGAAAGUUAUAACAUAGACUUGCCUUAUCCUAAGUGAGUUGUCUCUUGUUAUAUUAUAUUGACUUUCACUGUACCUCCCUCUAUUUUUCUCGCAAAUUUGUUACUUUUUUGCUUUUUUUACCUUUCUAUUAAAAUAUUCUACAAAAUUA